AUUGUAUGGAGGGUCGCAGGUAAGAAGGCCAUGUUGCGACCAUCGGGUUUAGCCGGAGGGUUUGCAGCUGCGGGGUUGUCACGAGGCUCUCAGCCCUGCGACGAUCGGAAGAAGACGGAAGGCGAGCAGCUUACCGACUCUUCAUUAUGCGAACGAGGACACUGCGGGUAGUGGAAAUACCAGACGAUUCAUUUCCGAAGCACUGUCGCCAGCAAAAAUGGCUCCUCGAGUUUUGGUCCUGAGCCCCCCGCGCAUGGGCACGCAAUCGGUCGCGGACGCUCUCAUAAUCCUUGGAUAUGAGCGUGUCUACCACAUGCGGGAAGUCGGCAAAAACGGACACGCGCGGCAAUGGGCGGACUUGUUGCAUGCCAGAUUCGGUGAGCAGCCUCGCCAGCUUCGGCGCGAGGACUUUGAACCGCUGCUGGGGGACUUUGAUGCGCUGGCGGAUUUCCCCGCCUCCAUCUUCGCCGAAGACCUCAUCCAGCUGUAUCCCGAAGCGAAAGUAAUCCUGCUGCAGCGAGACGAGGAUGCGUGGUUCAGAUCAAUGGAGUCCACACUUGGCCGGCCUCGAAGCGAAGAUGAGGCUCCGAGUCCCAUGCAGCCCUUACGGGACGCGUAUCGCAAGUAUUGCUGGAAAGACGAUUUUGCGACUUACGGGAGGGAGUACCUAAGGAGCUAUGAGGCUCUGGUGAGGGCAAAGACGCCGCGGGAAAGGUUGCUUGAGUUUCCCACUGCUGGUGGAUGGGAGCCGCUUUGUCGGUUUUUGCACAAGGAUCUUCCGGACGUGGAGUAUCCUAAUCGAGACGAUCAUCGAGAGUGGAAGGGCGAGAGGGAGACACGGUCUUAGCACGUAUUCGCUGCUGUGGGAAUGAAUAACCCGCUAGU